UAGCAUCUAUAUAGAAGCGCUGCUUCUCGCCCCCAGAGCUGUUGCCAACCUCUUGAAGUCUUGCCCCGGAUUUUGCAUAGUAGGACAGCCGCCUUUGAACCACUCUUCUUACAAGACAACUCCUUUACAAUCAGCAAUCAUGAAGACCGCCACCUUCAUCGCCGCCGCCCUCGCUGGCCUCGCCCUGGCUGCCCCUACCAGCAAGCAGACCAAGGAGGUUGCUGCCCUCCGAUACGCCAACUCGAGGCCUCUUGAUGCCGCUGCCAUCCACGGCUCUGCUUCCAAGCGCGCCGAGACCGCUGCUACUGCCACCCGCGAGAAGAACCUCGUCGACCUCAAGUACGCCAACAAGCGUCCUAUUCCCGAGGGUCACGCUCCCAAGGCCGCUGCUUCCAAGCGUGAUACUGCUUCCACUGCUGCCACCCGCGAGAAGAACCUUGUCGAUCUCAAGUACGCCAACAAGCGCCCCAUCCCUGAGGGCCACGCUCCCAAGGCUGCCGCUUCCAAGCGUGAUACUGCUUCCACCGCUGCCACCCGAGAGAAGAACCUCGUCGACCUCAAGUACGCCAACAAGCGUCCUAUUCCCGAGGGCCACGCUCCCAAGGCUUCCGCAUAAACAACGCAAACCGUUACCUCUGUAAUGUGAGGCUUCCUUCUUGUACAUAACCUCUUUUUUGAUGACACACCACAUAUGAUUCUUCGCCGGCAGUUGUACAUAUUGUUGACGGCGAUGCCGAUACGUUAGAUGUGGACGUAUAUAUGACUCGCAAUGUAUAUAUGAAUUGCACGAUAUUACUCUGCAGAGACCUUGCCGCUUU